AUGCUUCCUCGCACCACAGAAGAAAGGAGCAAGAAGCUGCGCGCAUCUCGAACGCAGUCAUCGGCUUCGAUCACAAGCGACAUAUCUCGUUCCUCGAGUUCCUCGGGCAAGAGCAAAGCAAAACGGAAGAUCCCUAGCGGUGACAUUCAAGAUGGGACUGACACUUCCCCCCAGGAAUCGGUUCCACUCGCAGGCACGACCACCACCGCGGCUAACCCGGCAGCAGUCGCUGGCACGAGCGAACCUACGAAAGGCAAGGGAAAGUUAUCGUUCUUCGGUGACGAGUUGCGGAAAGCGUCUGACGCCGCUGCACAUCGUGACGGUUCCACCAACGGCGGUCCGCCAGAUCCCACUGCCACCGCGUCACCGGCACCGUCUUUCUCGAAACAACCCGUGAAGACCGAUGGCCUGCCACCAGGGUUGCCAGCCGUCCAAGGUGACCGCCAUUUGCUCUCACGAGAGCGCGACUCGUCGCAGCUCGAGUCUUCAUCGCAGCCCGCUGCCGCCGCCGCUGCCGAGAGUACUCCCCACGCUUCGCAUCGGACUUGCGUCAAGGAACAAGACGGGAGUUCUUCGCAGCUACUCUCUGCACAGUCCACUAGAUCUCCAGUGCGUCAGGCCAGCGACGCGAAUCUGACGGAGUGCCGCCCGAAUUUACCUGACACCGGCAGCAAGGCGACAAUGUCUGUCGCUACGCCUUCAAGUACUAGCCCAGGCGCCACCGCCAAGCUGGUCGCUCCUAACACAGCGGAGCACGGAGAGUAUUCUAAAUCACGUUGCUCGCGAAGCUUGUCGGGGCCACGUGAUCCGAGGCUUGAGCACCGAUCUUCCCUCUCGUCUUUCCUUCACCUGCUCAAAGAACAGCAGCCCAGGGGGUUUUCGUCCAAGGGUUUCGAAUGCGACGCAAGGCGUGUUUCUGGUCUCGUGGUCACGGUAGCAGGGGUGCCGAUAACCAAACGACAACUCGUCGUUACCACCAUCUUCGUAUUUUUCAUCACAGUCGCGUCAAUUAUCGUUGGGAUCAUGUUCAUGCGAAAAAACCGGUCUGUGCCUUCCGAGCCGCUGUGCGAGACUGAAGACUGUUUGCGUCACAGCUACCGUCUUUUCGGCAAUUUAAACCGCAGUCUCGAUCCAUGCGAGAACUUCAGCGCGUACGUCUGCUCUGCGUGGUCGCCUCCCCAGCGCUACCUCGAACACUCCAACUCGGCUAUGGAUGACGUACGCAAGUCGUGGUUCCCAAGAUUCAAUGACGUGCUACGUCAGGGGUCGAAGAUAAUUCGCGCCGGCCUCAAGCCACUAGCCAUGUACUCGUCUUGCAUGGGCGACCGCUCAGAGUACGGCUCUAACGUGGAGAUAUUCUGGAACUUUUUCAACGAAUGCAGGCUCACUUGGCCGGAAAAAUCAGAGCCAGGUAGCGCCUCUGCUCUCGAAGUACUGAUGACGCUGGCGCUCAAGUGGCAGGUCCCGCUCUUCUUUCAAGUGAGGGCACUGCGCUUAGAAUCUGCGCCAAACUGGCGGAUCACUAUGGAUCCUGGUUCCCUUAUACCCCUGAUGUACCAACAUCACCUCACGGUUAAACAUUCAGGGGGAUACGAUAAGUACUGGGCCACGUUCUACUUCAUCUUGAGCGGCAAGCACGACGGCUCUGCGGUAAACAAGACAAUCAUAGACUCAGCACUAACGAUGGAAGGUGAUGUCUAUAGAAGACUCCUGACCAACAUGCGGCCGGCCGUCGUGCAUCCAGUGCUGGCGACAAUCACCGACAUCGGAGCGCACACGCCAUCGGUGGACUCCGAGCAGUGGCUUCACGCCUUCAGGCAGUCCAAGCUCGAGCCUGAGGUGGAACAUAGCGACCAGGUUCUCUUAAGCGACGCGGGCUUUUUUCGGGCAUUCGCAGACGUGAUGGCAUCGUACAAAGACCCCGAACUGUUGUCUCUGAUAGCCUGGUCUUUCGUCCAGCUGUUUUCUCCCGCGGUGGACUACAGGCUCCUGGAGAACCGCUACGACCAGGGCGUCACGAUAUAUCGGCCGUACUUUUGCGAGCGAUUCGUGGAGACCCCUUACCGCUUCCUGGUGAUAGCGCUCGGCUCUGUGGCGCUCUUCACGCGAGAGGAGCGUUCGACCGUCAGCGCCUGCUUCGACAGCCUCGUCUCGGCCGCAGUGGACAUGGUGAACGCUUCGGAAUGGCUGGACACCGAGAGCCGGCAGCUCGCAGCCGAGAAGCUGUCAUCCACGCGCCUCAAGCUGUGGCCCCCAGCGAAGUACCUGGAAAGCGAUGCGCUCGACAGCCUGUACAAAGUUUUUCCCAGCGCCGAGUCGUCCUUCGCGGAGUACUGGGUCAAGUCAAGCCGCUGCGCCGCUGACAUCUACCGUCCGCGCCCCGGCAUCGAUGUCUGGGGCUAUACAGUAAACUACGCAUUGCCGUAUCUAAUCUACGACGCGGCAAGCAACUCAGUGAAGGUGGCCGUCGGCGCUGUGACCAAGCCUCUUUACUACGCUGGCGGCACAAAAGCAAUGUUGUACGGCGGGCUGGGUUUUUCUAUGGCACUGCAACUGGUCGCCUCCUUGGACAGUCAAGGUAUCAGAUGGCAUCCCAGCGGCACCUUUGGCGACUCCUUUCUAUCGAAAGAUUCGGUGAAGGGUUUCGAAGAACGGGACGGCUGCCUGGCCAAGAGCCAGAGGUACGUCGGUGGAAACGCCGAGCACAACCAGAGCGGAACCGGAAAAAUAGCCAGCGUCUUCCCCGAGAUCCCCGCUAUCGAGGUGGCCUAUGCGGCUUACCGCCACUCGUUGAUCGAUGGAGGCGACGAAGUGCCGCGGGGCAUUCCUGGUGGUCUCUCGGGCGACCAGGUGUUCUUCAUGACCUUGUGCUAUAUGACGUGCACGUUGCCCGGAGCCGUCGGUCCGCAAACUGUGGACUGCAACAAGGCCGUGCGCAGUUCGGAGGCCUUUGCUCGGGCAUUCCGCUGCCCCCUGGGGUCGCCGAUGAACCCAAGGAGGAAGUGCACCUUUUUCACUUGA